GAAUAAUGGUUUAGAGUGUCCGUUGCGAAAUAUUUUGCGACUCCUCUUAUCCAUGGAUAAGAUGUGUCAUAGAAGGUGUGAGUCGAAAACUUCUGUGGCAAAUUGAGUGAAUAUUUUUCACCCAAUUUCCUGCAUUUUAUGGAGUUUUCAGUGCAAGUGGCAAGUGAAAUCACAUCCCAAGUGUCUGGAGAAGAGGGUGCCAGUGCAGAGUGACCGACAAGUUGGCUGUUAAUGCCGAAGGAAGAGUCUCAAGCAAAAACUUCAAAAUGCACCGCAGAAUCUCGAAUAAUUUCACCUACGUGAGCUCGUGCGUGAAGUACAUGAUCUUCCUGCUCAACUUCGUGUUCUGGCUGUUCGGGGGCCUCCUGAUCGGGGUGGGCUUCUACGCCUUCGUGGACAAGUGGCAGGUGACGGGAUGGCUGAAGGUGGACAACUUCUACGACGUCAUCCUCAACAUCUCGCUGGUGAUGAUCAUUGCUGGCGGGGUGGUGUUCGUGGUGAGUUUCGCUGGCUGCCUGGGGGCGCUGCGCGAGAACACCUGCCUCCUCAAGUUCUACUCCAUGUGUCUCCUGAUGUUCUUCCUGCUCGAGAUGGCCGUGGCCAUCGUGGGCUUCGUCUUUCCGCACAACAUGAACUCCUUCCUCGAGGACUCCUUCACCGACAAGAUCAUCACCACGUAUCGCGACGAUCCGGACCUGCAGAACCUCAUCGACUUCGCGCAGCAGGAGUUCAAGUGCUGCGGCCUCAGCAACGCCGGCUACCUGGAUUGGGGUAAGAAUGAGUACUUCAACUGCUCCUCGCCGAGCGUGGAGCGCUGCGGCGUGCCGUACAGCUGCUGCAUCAACGCCACGGACAUCUCCUCUGGCCUCGUGAACAUCAUGUGCGGCUACGGGGCGCAGAACGCCUCCGUGGCGGCGGCCAGCAAGAAGAUCUGGACCAGCGGCUGCAUCGAGAUCGUGCGCGUGUGGGCGGAGAGGAAUCUCUACACGAUCGCCGGCGUGGCGCUUGGCGCGGCGCUCAGUCAGCUCUUCGUCAUCUACCUGGCCAAGACGCUCGAGGGCCAAAUCGACCUGCAGAAGAGCCGCUGGUCGUCGUGAGUGGUUAUCGGGUGGGGUGGUGGACGCCGCGUUUGAAUUACAUUUCCGUCUCGACUUCCUGGACAACAAAAAAAAGGCACCACGCGAAAACAAUAAUUUUAAUCAUAAAUAUUCUAAUGGUAAAUCCUUCCCAGUGAAUCUCUCGCGACAGAGAUUUUCUUGACUGUGUGAAAAAUUGCUCCGAUUUACCCAUGACAGGUGAGAAUUGAGGCAUUUAUGUUUUUGGCCAUAACGAGAAAUGAGGCAUUUUUUUCGAUGAGCACACUCACCUCGAGUGUGAAGUAUUGUUUUGUUGAUCACAGAAGUGUUACGUGAAUAAUUUGCUGCCCAAUUUAAUUGGCGUUCUUCGUUGGAAGCAGAAAAAUAUGCUCUGUGAGGAAAUUGGUAUUUCGUAUUUAGGAGAGAUGUGUAAUAGAGGAGUCCCCAUCCCCCCCGCUAACUGAAUUCAUGGCAUAAGUGUGAAGUUUUAUUAUAAAUUGCG